CCGAAAAGGAUUUAGUUUUGAAACAAAAAACUUACUCUGAGGACAUAAAAGCAUGGGUUGGUUUCAUUCAAAUCCUAUUGUCAAACGCCCAUCAAUUUCUUUUAAAGUUUGAACCAACCUGGUUAGGUGGGCAGCUGAGCUGACGCACUUUAAGUAAUACCUUCCAACUCAAAAAAAAAGCUAAUCAUCGGAGACGACAUGGCUCCAACCACGAUUCUGGCUGCACUUCUUCUUCUUCUAGCUUUGUAUUGUGGCAUUGAUCCAUUGAAGCACAGUGCACUCUCUGAUUUUCCCAACUUUAAGGCUUAUAAAGUUGACAUGCCUGCCUGGUCUUUGGUUCCUAAGGAUAGAGAUGAAGAGAACUUGCUUCAAAGAUCUGAAAUUAAGUUCUUGAAUGAACUUCAAGGCCCUGAAAGCUUGACCUUCGACCCUCUUGGCCGGGGCCCUUAUACUGGUCUUGCUGAUGGUAGAAUUGUGUUCUGGGAUGGUCAUCAAUGGAAUGAUUUUGCUGUUACUUCAUCUAAUAGAUCAGGAAUAUGUGACCCAAAACCAUCAGCUUUCAGUUACUUGAAGGAUGAGCAUAUCUGCGGCAGACCUUUGGGGCUCCGCUUCAAUAAGAAAACAGGUGAUUUAUACAUCGCCGAUGCAUAUUUCGGGCUGAUGAAGGUGGGGCCAGAGGGUGGAUUGGCGACGUCACUUGUAAAAGAGGCGGAAGGAGUCUCACUCGGGUUUACCAAUGACCUAGACAUUGAUGAUGAAGGGAACAUUUACUUCACAGAUAGUAGCACUCAAUACCAGAGAAGGAACUUUAUGCAAUUGGUAUUUUCUUCAGAGGACAGUGGGAGGGUUCUAAAGUACAACCCGAGUACAAAGGAAACAACCGUCCUUGUGAGGAAUGUUCAAUUUCCAAACGGUUUGUCUCUAAGCAAGGAUGGUAACUUCUUUGUCUUCAGUGAAGGAUCCAUGGGCAGGUUGAGCAAGUACUGGCUGAAAGGGGAGAAAGCAGGGAGCACCGAAGUAUUCGCGAUCAUGCCUGGAUUUCCUGAUAAUGUUAGAACGAAUAAAGAAGGUAACUUUUGGGUAGCGAUCCAUUGCCGUCUAUCAUAUUUCGCAUACAUGUCUGCAUUGCACCCAAAGCUGAGGACGAUCCUGUAUAAGCUUCCGAUACCAGCAAAGAUUCAGUACCUGUUUCAGAUCGGGGGUCGGCUUCAUGCGGUGGCGGUGAAGUACAGUCCCGAAGGUAAGCUUUUGCAGAUAUUAGAGGACAGUGAGGGUAAGGUUGUUAAAGCAAUUAGCGAAGUGGAAGAAAGAGAUGGGAAGCUAUGGAUAGGAAGUGUUCUGAUGCCUUUUGUUGCAGUUUACAACUUGGCUUGAGUUUUGUUAUGUUAGUCAUUACAGUUUACAAUCAUAAUGUUCCUUAUUUAUAGUCAUCCAUGGGAUUUUUUUGUUUCUCCCUUCACAUCUCAAUCAAAUUAUAUCACUCGUUUGGUUUGGUA